AUGGACGCGGAGCAAGACAUCAAACCUUUGUUCCUCCCCAUUCCCAUCAAUUCCAUCCCGGGAGGCCACAGUGGGUUCAGCGCCUUCCAGCUGCUGGCACCGGCACCGGCGGCGGCCGCGGCGUCACUGGAUCAGCGUGGCACACGAGGAGCAGCAGCCGUGCAGAGGCAGCAGCACCAGCAGCAGCAGGAGGCGGUCAUCUGCGUCCUGAACCGAGCCGCAUCCCAACCGCCGGAGGAAGAAGGCGAAGGCGGCGGCGGCGGCGAUCUGAGGCGCCGCCCGGGCGAGAGCCGUGUCGGGGACUCAGCGCAUCGGCCGUCUCUCGAGGCCGCCGUGCCGCCAAGGAUCAGCAAGAGGUUCUGGAGCGCCGGCGAGUACGACGUGGCCGGCGGGAGCUCGCCGGUGCAGCCGCCAAGAAAUCUGCAGAACCGGAUGUGCGUCCACCCAAAAUUCCUCCACUCGAACGCGACUUCGCAUAAAUGGCCAUUUGGAGCUGUUGCAGAGUUACUGGACAAUGCUGUCGACGAGAUCAAAACUGGUGCUACGAGAAUUAUCGUGGACAAAGUCGUUAACAACUGUAACGGAUCACCAGCUUUACUAGUUCAAGAUGAUGGUGGAGGCAUGGAUCCAGAUUCGCUGAGGCGUUGCAUGAGCUUUGGAUACUCCGAUAAACAGUCAGGCUCUUCGAUCGGACAAUAUGGAAAUGGAUUCAAGACUAGCACAAUGCGGUUAGGCGCAGAUGCCAUUGUUUUCAGCCGCUGCAUGAAGAACAGCGUGCCUACACAAUCCAUUGGUCUUCUCUCUUACACUUUCUUAGCUGAAACUGACCAGAAGGAUGUUGUUGUUCCCCUGGUGGAUUACAAGUACAGCUUGUUGACUGGAGAGGCUGAGCCAUAUUAUCGGCUUGGUCCUGAUCAGUUUUCCUCAAACCUUUCUGUUCUGUUGAAAUGGUCCCCUUUUGCAACUGAAGAACAACUGCUGCAGAAUUUCUGUGACAUUGGUCCACAUGGAACAAAGAUUUUAGUCUUCAACUUGUGGUCGAAUGAUGAUGGUGAUCUAGAGCUUGAUUUCGAUAUUGAUGACAAGGAUAUUCGGAUCAGUGGUGCUCCAAAGACAGCAGAAACAAAUAAUGCUGCAAAAGCAAUGAAUGAAAGCCAUUUGGCAAAUCAGCUACGCUAUUCCCUUAGGGUCUAUGCUUCUGUCCUGUAUUUGAAACUACCUGAAUACUUCAAAAUCGUACUCCGAGGACAAGAAGUUAAGCACCAGUACAUUGCAUCUGAACUCAGACAUUACCAAUGCAUUAGAUAUAUCCCUCAAACCUAUGGGAAAAAAGAGGAGAAGGUGGAUACAACCAUUGGAUUUCUAGAUGGUGCUCCAACUAUCAGCAUCCACGGAUUUAGCAUAUACCACAAGAAUCGCCUUAUAUUGCCUUUUCGCCGAGUUUUGAGUACUGCAAGUAGCAAAGGCAGACGCGUUGCUGGAGUAUUAGAGGCGGACUUUAUCAGGCCUACUCAUGACAAGCAGGACUUCGAGAAGUCACAUCUCUAUCAGAAGUUAAUAAACCGAUUGAAAGAAAUGACGACUGAGUACUGGGAUUUAUACAGUCCUCUGAUUGGGUACCAUAAGGUGCCCCGUGCAGCUUCUGGCUCUCCUGCUUGUCGGGCACUUGUGCCAACUCUGUCAGGCACAGCUGCUACUUCUACAUCAUCAUCAUCAUCAGAGCAGAUUCCAGCUGAUCACCAUGUUUUGGCUCAUGUGCCUUCUAAUCCCAACAUUACCCAUCACAAUCCAGUUCCAAUCGCCUUUUGUGCCCAUCCUGGUGGAUCAAAUGCUGUAUUCUCCCAGCCAGGAAUGCAGAUCACUGGAUCAGCAACUAUGGCAACUGGCACUAACCUAGCAGAUACAAACCUAGCAGAUACAAGGAAAAGAAAACUAGAACCUCUUGUCCAGAUGGAUGGUCCCUUGACAAAGCAUAGUAAAUAUGAUUCGGUGGUCAACACUGUGGAGGCAAGUAACCAGAUAUGCCAGUACAUGGGAGAACGAGAGUUGAAUGAAUUCUCCUUCUUGAAGCAAGAGAAUGUACUACUGCGUCAAGAGUGUUCGGAAUUUGAGUUGGCAGAGAGGGACCUCUUGCUCAAGGAACAGAAGCUACGACUUGAACUUGAGCAGGCGGAGGCACAGUACAAGAGCCUUCUGAAGGAAUUCAUAUCGGUGCCUGCUCCUGUCAGGACACCUAGACGAUAGACACUGUUACUUCCAGUGGCUCUCUUGAUCCUGCAAACACAUAUGCAUGCUUGCAGUAUUUCAGGUGACAGGUGUUCUAUUAAACAAUCAAAAGCAUUUGGAGGCGAAAAUAUCAUCGGGAUAAGCAACGGACCGAAGCAAGGUUUUGAUAGGGAAUUUAGGAAUUGAAGGCAUCCUGCUUCUGCACCGAAAUGUUCACUCGGCCAAAAACAUAUCAGUUGGCGCCGAGUUCCUUGGCUUGAUUGCUUAUCAUCUGUACAAUGGUUUGGGGUGGUGACUUCACCACUGUAUUGUAUGAAGACAGUUCUCUCAAAUUGAGUAAAAGCUGUUUCCUGAUGAGUAUGCUUUAAGUUGGAAGAUAGAUUGCAUUUUAGGAAUUUUCAUAUCCUCAAGGGAAUAUCUAUACCAGUGUAUUGUAAAAGACAGUUCUAUCAAACAGAAGAUGAAU